UAAUUUGUAAUUUUUGCGUUGUUUCUUCUAUUUUGUAUUACCUAUUGAAAAGUGAUAAUUUUUCAUUGUUUCACACUUCUAGUUGAGUAAAUACCUAACAUCAUUUUUUGACUUUGAAAUAACAAAGUUUUAGAUUGUCUUAUAAAGGAUUGUGUUUAUAAUUUAAUAAAUUCAAAUUAAUAAUAUAUAUAUAUAAGCUCUAGAAUGUCGAAAGUUACCCGCCAAAAACAGAACCCAAAUAAACGUCUAAAAAGAGAUAACAACAAGGCAAUCGAAGAUGAUUUCCUGAAUAAAGAAACCGUUACUAAAGAGAGAUCUUCUACAACAGCCUGUCAAAAAGAAAACCUUGAAAUGGACACUAAGAAAUCAAUCGAAAAUGAAAAUCCUGAGCAGAAAGAUGUCAUACCACAAAAUAGUUUGGAGAAUUAUCGUGAUGCACGUAAACUUCUGCGAUCCUUAAGGACAUACAUUCAUCGAAUCGGAAAUAAUGAAGCCUUGUUACGAGUUCACGAAAUCGAUACUGUUCUUGUUUAUGUUAUUAAAAAUGCAAGAAGAUAUGGUCGGGAGGUGUAACAGUUUAUCGCUAUUGUAUAAUAGAACAAAUCUCGUUUUUUUUAUAAAUUGGAUGAAAAAUAAAAAUAUUUUAAAAAAUUGUUAAA